CAGACCUCUCUAACCCCAGCGACUGGCACAUUCGGCAACAUCAACAACACAUGUAGCCUGUUGAAAAACACGGAUAUUUACUGGUCUUCUUAGACCGAAGAAAGCAGGUCUCGACACAAGCCUCACUGUUUGUUUGGGGUGUAUGAAGCCUCCUGUGCAGCUUUGUAAAUAUUACUUUUAGUGAACUUUUUAUUUUUUUUACUCAAAAUGGAUCUUACUGCCAAACACGGGCUGGUGCUGCUCGACCAGCUGAGGAAGAUGAGGGAGGUUGAGCAUCUGACGGACGUGGUGCUGGUCGCUGAGGGCAUCAGCUUCCCCUGUCACAGACUUGUUCUAUCCGCCUUCAGCCCAUACUUUCGCGUUAUGUUCACGUGUGGCCUGCGUGAGUGCAGCAGCAGAGAAAUAUUCCUGCGCGACACCCCUGCGGACAGCCUGGCCCUCCUCUUGAACUACAUGUACUGCUCAGAUCUUCCCCUCACUAAUGCCAACGUACAGGGCAUCUCCAUCGCGGCGUUUCUUCUGCAGAUGGACGACGUCUUCACUCGCUGUCAGCUGCACAUGACUGAGAACAUGGACGCCUCCAAUUGUCUUGGUGUGUAUUACUUUGCCCGUGACCUUGGCGCAGAGGAGCUGGCUGACCACGCUCAGCGCUUCCUCCGGCAGCACUUUGUCCAAGUCUGCCACAGUGAGGAGAUCCUGGAGUUGGAGGCUUAUCAGCUGGGAAAGCUGCUGGCCUCUGAUGACCUGAACGUUUCACGAGAAGAAACCAUCUUGGAUGUGGUUCUCGGUUGGGUCAAGCAUGGCGCUCCGAUGGAUGGGGAGGUACGCAGUCGGCAUCUACCAGAGCUCCUGAGGAAAGUUCGUCUGCCGCUCAUCAACCCUGAGUACCUAAGAGAGGCGAUGAAGAGGAACACGGCUCUGCUGGCUGAUGCUGAAUGUCUAGAGAUGCUGAACGAAGCACUGGAGGUCACAGCGAUGCACCCCUUAGCUGCACCACGCAAACUAAAGCUGCGGUAUGGCAUGGAGACCACAGAUCUGCUGCUGUGUGUUGGUAAUGACGGCGGCGGGAUCAGGUCGAGGUACGGCAACUUCGCUGAGCGCAGCUUUUGCUAUGCUCCGUCCACAGGCCGAACCUACUACAUCACCUCACCUCGUUAUGGAGAGGCUCUGGGAUACGUGUCUACUGGGGUUGUGACUGAAGGAAAUGACAUUAUUGUCGCAGGCGAGGCGAGUGCACGAAGAAUGGCCCGCCAGAAAGACAUGCAUGUUGAGAUCUACAGGUACAAAGUGGAGGCACAAGGCAGCUGGGAGCGCCUGACGUCAGCAGAGUACCGUGAUUCUUACGCUCUGAGCUCGCUGGGUGACACUGUGUACCUAAUGGGAGGACAGAUGAAGCUGAAGAACCAGUUUAUCAUCACAAACUGUGUGGAGCGAUGGUCUCUGCAGGGUGGACCCUGGAGGAGCGCGGCGCCCCUGCCUAUGCCUUUGGCCUAUCACAGUGUGGUCAGAAUGAAAGAUCGCCUGUAUGUGAUGGGCGGUCGAACCCCACAGUCAUACCGGACCGAUGAUGAGCCGGACCGUCUUAGUAACCGCCUUCUGGAGUACGACCCAAACACAAACAAGUGGACAGAGCUGGGUCCCAUGAAGUACUCAAAGUACCGCUGCAGUGCUGUGGCACUCAAUGGGGAAAUCUAUGUUAUGGGAGGCAUUGGGUGUGAGGGUGUGGAUCGCGGACAGUCCCGUCACUGCCUCGAUGCUGUGGAGAUCUACAAUCCGGAUGGAGAUUACUGGAGGGCAGGACCUCCUCUCCCGUGUUCCCAGCUUUCACUGCGUACCAACGCAUCCAAUGCAGGCGUGGUGGGAGGAAAGAUCUAUGUUUGUGGAUAUUACAAAGGAGCAGAUCGCCACGAUGAUAUAACAAAGGACGUUUUGGAGCUGGAUCCGUGGGAGAACCGGUGGACGGUGGUGGCUCGGCGCGUUCUGAUGCAUGACAACUACGAUGUCUGCUUAGUGGCAAAUCUCAACCCAAGGGGACUCAUGUCUCCACCCGCAGACUUAGUAAAAAUGUGACGCUGCUGUCAAUCAGAUCAAAGUCUGUGUGGGAGAAUUAGUGAAGGAAAUGAAUCAUUAAUGCACUUUUUGCUGGGCCACAGGCAUUCUUUUUUUUUUUUCCAGGCAGAAAAGGCCUUAGUGCUCUGCAUGAAAGAGAGUCUGUGGUUAUUGGCUUACUUGCACAUUGGUAGCCAGAAAAGUAAUUUGUAAAUACGUUGUUUUUGUUGCUUCUCAUUUUACUGUGUAACAUCUGGAGAGAGGAUUGCUGGAAACCUGCAGCUGUGUGGCGAAUAUCUGGAGUGUUAUUAACAACGCCAGGAGAGGAUUUCCUUUGAAAGGCAGAAGUGAUGAUAAUACUCACCAGACUUCUGGAGUUGAUUCUAAAUUCUGGUACCUGGCCUGUUUUUAGGACAAAAAUUUAAGCUUUUUGUUGAGUUGACAGUGGCAGACUUAGUACAUGUGUAAGUAGAGUUACUGCUGGUGCUUGUAUGCCUCCACCAACCUGUCAAACUGCAGUUUACAUCAAUGUCUGUACAGAUGUGACCUCUGACCCGUUGGGUAUACCCCCAUCACUACAUCACUUGUUAUAGGUAGCGUAUGGAUUCUUGAGCUGUGGCCAAAAAUGUGCUUUGUGAGGUCAGAGUGACUUUUGAGUUUUAAAAAAUGUAUAUCGAAUCAUUUCAUUCUAAACUAAAAGUGGACAUUUGAAGAUUUGAAGAAAUUCCCUCAAAGCCUUUCACGAGAAUGGGACACGUGGACGACCCACAAACAAGCAUCACCCCCGGCCACAGCUGUCAUCAAAUGAAGUAUUUUAUAUCAUAGAAAUUCUUUUUUUGUUGUAUGCUUGCUUAAGCAGAAUAAAAAUAUGUCACUGUUUCGGCAAAUAAACAUGCACUUUAUCCACGUUCUGGA